AUGAUUGCUAAGAUCCUGGUCGCUGCCCUUAUCCCUGUUGUCAUCUCUGAGGGACCAUUUGGACCACAGGGCCGCUUCCUCGGCGGCUUUCGCGGACCUCUCGUAGGAGCAGCCGCCACCCCAGGCAUCUCCUCGGUCGAGCCAGUCUACCCCCCGCAGCCAUACAGCUUCGGCUACGACAACGCGGACGAGUUCGGCACUCAGUCCUACCACAAGGAGCAGGGCAACGCCAACAACGUGAAGACGGGAACGUACGGCUACCGCGACGCCAGCGGCAUCUACCGACGGGUGUCAUACGUGGCUGACGCCAAUGGCUUCCGCGCCACCGUCGACACCAACGAGCCGGGAACGGCGCCUGGCUACAGCGCUGACGCCGUCUUCAAUGCCAAACCGGUCGCAGUUCCUGCUGCGGCAAAACGCCUGGCCGGCGUACCACCAGAGCCAACAAGCCUGGCCACUGCCCAAGCAUGCCGGUCAACGAGCACCAACGAAGAGGUCAUCGGUCAAGUCAGCCAGCGACCAAGGCCACCUAGCUGGUGGACGCCUAAACCGCGCAUAUUCUCAGGUACGGACUCGCUCGGGGGCCUGCAAGACACCCUGGAAUUGGCAGCGGACACGGAGCAGUGGGAGACGCUACUGUCCAGCUCCCGCCUCUCGGACCAGAUCAUGUUGGCGGAGAGGGCGGUCGCGGCCAAGAUAGCGCAUGGGUUUCCGUGA